UGCGCAUUAAAGAUCCAUGAAUUUUCUUGCUUGUUCUCCCUAUAAAUAAUUGGCAUUGCAAAGUUCAAUACUACAAGGUACCUAGCAAAGAUAAGUUAGUCCCCUCCAAACAAUAGUACCAUGGCUCCUGUACCAGUUUCUCCCAUUAGUGUUGGCCACAUUGAUGAUGUCCAAGAACUGAGGAAGACCAUACCAUCACGCAUUCCUCAGAGAUUUGUCCGAGACAGGAUAGAAAGGCCGAGACUUUUCAUGACCAAUCCUACUCCUUGCAAGAAUAUUCCUGUCAUUGAUUUAUCAAAUCUCCAAAAAGGCAGUAAAGAUGAAUUCCGAGCUGAGUUGCUACAGCUCUCAGCAUCCUGUGAAGACUGGGGAUUUUUCCAGGUGAUAAACCAUGAAGUUAACUUAUCCUUAGUCGAAAGCUUAGAAAAGGUGGCCAUGGAAUUCUUCAUGCUGCCUUUGGAGGAGAAACAGAAGUAUCCAAUGCUACCUGGAACUGUUCAAGGAUAUGGGCAGGCUUUCGUUUUCUCGGAGGACCAGAAGCUAGACUGGUGCAACAUGUUUGCUCUUGGACUGGAGCCCCAUUUUAUAAGAAAUCCAAACCUGUGGCCUACAAAGCCAGCCACCUUUAGUGAGACUCUGGAAGCAUAUUCCAGAGAGAUAAGGAAACUAUGCAAGAAUUUGCUAAAGUACAUAGCCAUCGGUCUAUCUCUGGAUGAGAAUGUCUUCGAAGACAUGUUCGGAGCAGCUGUACAAGCAGUGAGAAUGAACUAUUAUCCAGCAUGCCCUAGACCUGAUCUUGUUUUGGGUUUGAGUCCUCAUUCAGAUGGAAGUGCCCUUACAGUGUUGCAACAAGGAAAGGGCAGUUCAGUUGGCCUUCAGAUAUUCAAAGACAAUACCUGGGUACCUGUCCAGCCAAUUCCCAAUGCAUUAGUGAUCAAUAUUGGUGACACCAUAGAGGUUCUAACAAAUGGCAGAUACAAGAGUGUAGAACACAGAGCAGUCACUCACAAAGAAAAAGACAGACUCUCAAUUGUCACAUUUUAUGCACCUAGUUAUGAUCUAGAAGUUGGACCAAUGCCAGAACUGGUGGAUGAGAACGAGCCCUGCAAGUACAGAAGAUACAACCAUGGAGAGUACAGCAAGAACUAUGUAACCAACAAGCUGCAGGGGAAGAAAGCACUGGAAUUUGCUAAAAUCAAUACCACUAACUAAUUCCAAAAACACCUUGCAUAGUUUGAAUACUACUACAUCGUGCAAAGGACCAUAUACAUAGCAUUAUGUCAUGAAUUGGUUUCGUUAGGACUUGUGAAUGGAAUGACCCAAAGUACAAGUUGUAUGUGCUGUACUACUAAAAACUGUUGAGUGGAUAGCACUGUACAUUUGCAACUUAUAUGUAUGAGUAUGACCCUAUUGAUUAGUAGUAAUAAAUAUGCCAUU